GCGCGGAACGGAUGCUCAUGGACGCGCGUGCGUGUGUAGGAGUACCGUGACGUGAUUGUUUGUCUCCUAAGUGAGAUAACGGAUGUGGAGAACAUCCCCGUCACAAGUGCAUCGAUCACUGACGGGAAACGUGUUUGUUAGAUGCGAGAGGACGCGUGCAGGGGCAACAAUUCCUGCGUGAACGCACGAGAAGGUUUUUAAAUUAUAAAGUUUGACGUUGGUGAUCUUAAAAAAGAAUCUCCAUGGCAGAAAACAAUUUUCCACCUCUUCCACGGUUCAUUCCACUGAAACCAUGUUUUUACCAAGACUUCAAUGAGAUCCCAGACCAGCAUCGUACAAUGUGCAAACGACUGUAUUACCUAUGGAUAUUAAAUAGUGCCACCCUUGCAUUGAACCUGAUUGGCUGUCUAGCAUGGAUGUGUGGAGGGGGCGGGGGAACCAAUUUUGGGUUGGCCAUUCUGUGGCUGAUACUGUUCACCCCUUGCUCAUAUGUGUGCUGGUUUAGGCCCAUCUACAAGGCCUUCAAGACGGACAGUUCUUUCAACUUCAUGGCAUUCUUUUUCGUCUUCAUGGCGCAAGUGGUGAUUAGUAUCAUCCAGACUAUUGGAAUCCCAGGAUGGGGAGUAUGUGGCUGGCUUGUCACCAUCUCUUUGUUCGGCAAUAACAUUGGCUCUGCUGUUGUUAUGCUGAUUCCAACCAUAAUGUUCACUGUCGUGGCUGUUCUCUCGUUCAUUGCCCUCACCAAGGUUCACAACUUCUACCGGGGCAGCGGGGGCAGCAUGAGCAAGGCUCAGGAAGAAUGGACCUCUGGUGCUUGGAAGAACCCUCAUGUCCAGCAGGCAGCUAUGGGGGCUAUAUAGGGGGGCAUGCAGGGUCAGCAGUACUCAACCGCACCAACUUACAACUACGACGAGCCAAUGUAGAUCCCUUUCAGCCACAGUAAGGGGAGGGGACAGAAACAGGGUAUUUGGGAGGGCUUUCCAGAAGGAUAAAGUCAAUAAUUUGAAUUUCGAAUUUCCACUGGUACAACAAUACAUAUGCUUUGCCUUAAACUGUUUUAAAAGUGUGUGAUUGGUUAAAGAGUCACUUUCGGUUUUUAGAACCAUUCAAAAAGAAAAGAAUCAGUCUCACCAUGUGGUAUUAAGGCAGAUUUAAUUAACGGUUAUGUAGUGUUUCUCCACUUAUUGUAUUUCAAACAUGGCUGAACUGGAGCACCAGUGAGGAAACAUUCCAAAACUCACUAUGUUUCUAUAGUAACUAGAUUCUCAGAUUUUUCCGUGUGGUAUUUGCAAGCCACUUCAAUAUUUUGUUUGGCUGUUAAUAUUCAAGAACACAUUUCCACUAUUUAGCAAACGCAUCUUUACUCUCACAUCUUAUGACUAAACAUAUGUUUUAUGCACGAAGAGAAGAAAUUACCAGCUUUUGGAACUACAUUGACGGGUAUUUACUUGAUCCUGUAGUUGAGAAAAUAUAAACCCAGCUAACCGGAAACAUUCUGAGAACUUUGGCAAUGUUCUCUCAAAGUUAUGAACAAACAUUCUAGUGACGUCCAAUGUUUGUUCAAAGUUAUCUGGUCUUUAAUAAUGUUCUUAAAUGUUAUCUAUGCUAUUCAUGCAUCAUUCAAAGAACGUUUUUCUUUUAAAA